AUGCUCGGGCGGCAGCCCUCGCCUCUACUGGCGCCGGCGGCCGGGGAGCUGCCCCAGCAGGCGCUGGGCGCGCUCAGCGCCGCCUUAGACGAGGGCCUGGCGCGCAGCGUGCUGCUCACCAUGGGUCCGCUGGGCGCCGUGCUCGCCUCGGCGGGCCCCGGCGGCGACGGCGGCGGCCCCGCUUGGCCGCCAGUAGGGGCCGCUUCGUGGCGCGUCGACGUAGACGCCGCGUCCCUGCUGGAGGCAGGCCGCGGCGGGCCGCCCGACGUGCCGCCGCUCUCCGUCGCCGUCGAGCGCGUCGAGCUCCCCGGGCCCGCGGAGGACCGCAGGUGCCUCCGGUACCGGCUGCUGAGGCCUCUGGCGAGCGUGCGCGACGUCACUGGAGCCGGCGACGCGCUCGUGGGCGGCACGGCGGCCGCCCGGGCGGCUGGCUGGCCGCUGGGGGAGGCCGUGGUGGCAGGCCUGACGUGUGCCCACCUGACCCUCUUCGCGGACGGCGCGGUGGCGCCUUUCCUAGGCCCGGAGCUGCUCGGCCGCCUCCGCGGCGCCCUCGCAGUCGGGACCAGCAGCCGCCUGUGA